AUGACUUUAGGGACGGAUAUGUCCGACAGUUCUGCAUUGUCCGAAGAUGUGGACAUCGAUGUGGUUGGGGGUGACAUAUCCGUUGGAAAGGACGGAAAGUACAUUCACCACGAGUUCAACUUGGACAAUGACUCGGACGAUAAUUACUCCCAGAACGCGGCUGAGAGGGUUUCCUCUCCCGGGCUCAGUAGCUCCGACUGCCCGUCAGACCAGAUGGGCUCCAGCGCAGAGGCUGGGACCGUGAUUGGGGACAAAUCGAGAAAAAGUGCACUUGUAAAGCCACCCUACUCUUACAUUGCCCUGAUCACCAUGGCCAUCCUGCAGAGCCCAAAGAAGCGCCUGACUCUCAGUGAGAUCUGCGAGUUCAUCAGCAACAGAUUCCCCUACUACCGGGAGAAAUUCCCUGCUUGGCAAAACUCGAUACGUCACAAUCUUUCCCUAAAUGACUGCUUCGUGAAAAUCCCACGGGAACCUGGCAACCCCGGAAAGGGCAACUACUGGACCCUCGACCCGGAUUCCGCAGACAUGUUCGACAACGGGAGCUUCUUGCGCAGGAGGAAGCGCUUCAAGAGGCACCAAACUAAUGAAAUCCUCAGGGAGGCUGGUGGCUUUCUUCCAGGGUUUGGAUACGGCCCGUAUGGAUACAACUAUGGACUUCAGCUGCAGAACUUCCACGCUGCCCACAACCCGUACCACCCACACCACACAGGUGGUUCAUUCCCGUUCCCUAACGCACCCUGCACCUUGCCCUCAUCCAUAUUCCCUACGCCGCAUCCCCUACCCUCUCUUUUAGGGGCCGAUUUAAGAAAGCCUUUUUACCCCCAGCUAAGCCCUUCUCUGCCACCUCUCAAGACGGACUCCAGCACCCCGAGCCGGCCUUCAUUCUCCAUUGACAAUAUCAUCGGUGCAGCCAACUCCACCGCCUCUUCCUACAGCGCGCAGCCGGGCAGCCAGGCUCAGAUCCUGGCGAUGCUGACCCCAGCACUGGCCUCUGCUUCCAACCAUGUGAGCCUAUCACAGGACAGCAUAUUACAACCACCGAGUCAGACUUUUUCCAGCAAAACCCCGACUAUGAACAGUUGUCCUUUCUAAACUAAUAAUAAUUAUAAUUAUAAUAAUAAUAAUAACGAAUUGACGAGAGUGCCCGCUGAAAAUCUUUUAUUAAAAAGCCAAUUGUGGCGUCGUCCUAUUUGAAGGUAGGCUGAGCAUUCUUGGUGGUAUGAGAGUGUUUUGGCUCUCUCUGGUUCAUCACAAUGUAAGAGGAGCGAAAGGUUUAUUUAUAGUUUGUAAAUAUGUGUAUAAUAUUGAGAAACAAAAGCAAGAGAAACUCUGAGAGGAAUCUUUUUAAGCAACGCUGGCCUGCAAAUCUGGCACGUGGCCUUCAAUGGUCUAUGGGGAAAAAGGAAAAAAAAGAUCCUAUUAUUUUAAGAUAAGUUAAAGUUGUCAGCAAUAGCUGCGGGGAUGAUUUCCAUUUUUUCCCUAAAUAUAAUUGAGAAUUAUAUUAUGAUUUAUAUUGUUUUUAUUUUGUGCGUCGUGAAAAAAAAUGGCACUGUUAUUGUUGACAUAUAGUUCUGACAGAAGGCAAACUCAGGUUUUACUUAGAAAGCACAUGGAGACA